AAAACAAUCCAACAGUAAGAAAUCGUCCAUCCAGAAAACCAAAAGGUUCUCUCCAUUUUUCUCUCACCAGGCAGGCCCCGUAUUUAUCUGCCCCCAACCCCAUCUAUGUCUCUCGCACAAAUCUAGGUUUCUAAUUGUCUGUGUUUACUGUGCCUGUGAGAGAGAGACUUCUAGCAAGUAGUCGUUGUAGUAGUGAUGGAGACUGGUGGAAAGGUGAAGAAAGGAGCAGCAGGGAGGAAAGGAGGCGGUCCAAAGAAGAAACCGGUGUCCCGCUCCGCCAAAGCCGGUCUUCAGUUCCCUGUUGGUCGGAUCGGUCGAUACUUGAAGAAAGGCCGUUACUCUCAACGUGUUGGAUCCGGAGCUCCCGUCUACCUUGCCGCUGUGCUUGAGUAUCUUGCUGCUGAGGUUUUAGAGCUAGCUGGAAAUGCAGCAAGGGAUAACAAGAAGAACAGGAUAAUACCAAGGCAUGUGUUGUUGGCUGUGAGGAAUGAUGAAGAACUUGGAAAGCUACUUGCAGGUGUGACCAUAGCUCAUGGCGGGGUGUUGCCUAACAUCAAUCCUGUUCUUUUGCCUAAGAAAACCGAAAAGGCAGCCAAAGAACCCAAGUCACCUUCCAAGGCCACCAAGUCCCCGAAGAAGGCUUAGCCACUCUACCCACCACUAGUGAUAGAGUAUUUAGUUUUAGCAGUCCUUCUUUCGACAUCUGCUUCCUCGUCUAUGUCUGUAAUUUGCUUUUGAUGUGCUUGCCCUGCUUGUAGGUAAAUCUUUUACUUUGUGUUUUUCUUUUCUAGGAUUUAUUUAGAUCCAUGGAGUUGGCUCUUUACCUCUACUCCGCCAUGUACAACAACAUCCUCGAAUGAAUGAAAUCAAUUGUUGUGUUCUAAA